GGGCGCACCCCGAGCCACGGUCACACGGCUGCAUAAUUGUGCCCGCCCGCCGGCCCCCGGGGACGUGACACAUCGCACGCACGAAGCCUGCCUGCCUGCCGCUUUUGGCUCCGCCCGCCGUGCCGCCCGUGAGGCCGGCAGCUUUGCAUGAGGAGGCGGAGGAUGGGGGCACUGCACGUCGUCGGCGAGCCCAGGGUCAGCUUCCAGCAGCCUCCUGCCGUCGCCGCCGCCGGCAAGAGCGGUGGCCACGGCCCCGUCGUCGAGGAGAUCCACGGCCUCAUACGCGUCUACAAGGACGGCCACGUCGAGCGGCCCCCGGCGAUCCCCGACGUGCCCUGCACGUGGGGCGGCACGGCGCCCGGCGCGCCGGGCGGCGUCGCGGCGAGGGACGUGGUGGUCGACCGCGCCACGGGGGUGUGGGCGCGGCUGUACGCGCCGGUGGCGGGAGGCGGGCUCCCCGUCGUGGUGUACUUCCACGGCGGCGGGUUCUGCGUCGGCUCCGCGGCCUGGAGCUGCUACCACGAGUUCCUCGCGCAGCUCGCCGCGCGGGCGGGCUGCGCCGUCAUGUCCGUGGACUACCGCCUCGCGCCCGAGCACCGCCUACCCGCCGCGUUCGACGACGGGCUCGCGGCGGUGCGCUGGCUGCGGCACCAGGCGCAGGCGGCCGCGGCCCCCGACGAGGUCUCCUGGUGGCGGGCCCGCUGCGCCUUCGACCGCGUGUUCCUCAUGGGGGACAGCGCGGGCGCCAACAUCGCCUUCCACGUCGCCGCGCGGCUGGGCCAGGGCCACCUCGGCGCGCUGUCCCCGCUCGCCGUCAGGGGCGCCGUCCUGGUCCAGCCCUUCUUCGGCGGCGAGGUCCGCACCGCGUCGGAGAGGACCAUGGCCCAGCCGCCGCGGUCCGCCCUGACGCUCCCGACCUCCGACACCUACUGGCGCCUAGCGCUGCAGGCCGGCGCCGGGCGCGACCACCCCUGGUGCAACCCGCUGUCCCGCGCCGCGCCGAGCCUGGAGGCCCUCCCGCUGCCGCCCCUCCUGGUGUGCGUCUCGGAGGCGGACGUCCUGCGCGACCGCAACCUGGAGCUGUGCCGGGCCCUGCGCAGGGCCGGCAAGGGCGUGGAGCAGGCCGUGUACGGCGGCGUCGGGCACGCGUUCCAGGUGCUGCACAACUGCCACCUGUCCCAGCCGCGGACGCAGGAGAUGCUCGCGCACAUCAAGGCCUUUGUCAGCGCCAGGUAGCCGCCACCGCCGCCGCCGCUGCUAACACUAUCUCGCCGUGUUUGUUAAUCCAUCGUCCGCCUAGCCCAAUCGAAGAGUGGAUGCCGUGUAAGCAACCCAGCUUGUGAAGUCACAAACUUUGAACUACGUGUACUCCAGCUAAAAGCGUCCAAUGCCCAACUCGGAUUGUUGCAGUCGUAGCGGUGUCGGAAAGCAAAAGCCUUGGCAGAAAACAAAACAACAAAAAAGAAGAUGUACAUGUACGAUGUGGUCGCUCCAUGUGUGUGUGUGAUUGCUGCGCAUUUCUUAUUAACACGAACAAAGCCCCUGAGUCCUGAUAC